UACCAAGCUCCCACCCAGUUUGAGGGGCUUACCAUGACCUUACUGGGGCCGCAGCUGAUCACCUCCCUUUCUGUCUUUGAGCAGGGCUCAGCCACUCACAUUGCCACGGGGGGGUUGGACGGUGCUCAGGCCUUCUUUCUGUUUGACCAGGAUCAUUCCUCUACUGGCAACAUACGGAAUAUCCAGCGAAACCUGGAGGCGAUGGUUAGAAACAUCCCCAUGCUCCAAAUCGAGGGAAAGGGCUCUGGCGACAUAUCGGAUGAGAACAAGAAACAUGUGGAGAGAUGGCAUUGCACCUUUCAUGGACACUUCUUCCUUAUCAGAAACCCAGUGAACUACCAGGAGGCUGUCAGCGUUUCCUCAAUGCUGCCCAAGCUGCUGGGUGAACGGAGAGAGAACACAGUGUCCCCGAGAGUCUGGUUACACACUCUGAAGAUGUUGGACUCAAAAGCCACUCAGCGUUCCCGUGAGGUCAGUAGUGGUGUGGUCACUCAGUGCCAGAGAAUGGUCUGGAAUUGCCGGACCAUCUUCCAAAUGGGGCUGUCACAAACACUGCUUUCCAUCCAGGCUGGGGAGCAAGUGGAAAGUAAACGAGAGGAAAUGUUGGAGGAGAAAGAAGGAUCUCCGUUCAGGUGCAGCUUACUGGAUGCUUGGCUCAAGGAGAGGGAGAAGGAAAUGAACACAGUGGGUGUGAAUCUGACCAGGCUGGAAGGCGUGGAGAUUCUGACCAAGAAUCUGUUGGACACAAUCCUGAUGGAACCAAGGAUUCAAUCUGUAAAUUGCUUCAAUGUUGACUCUUUGGGCGAGAGAGAUCCUUUACCUGCAGGAACUCGCUGA